UCUAUUCACGGUUAACCCAAAAAAGCUAUAUUAAAUUGUUGCAUAGUUUCCAGAACUAUAUAUUAGCCAGGCACAGUGGUCUUUAUACACUGGUUUCUCAUUUGCUAAGUUCUUCCUCUUUCCUGUUCAUUGAAUAAUGGGAGACUUGAAGCACUUGGUUCUGGUGAAGUUUAAGGAAGGUGUUGUGGUUGAAGAUAUCAUUCAAGGGAUGACCAAGCUUGUUUCAAGUGUGGAUCUUGUCAAGUCAUUUGAAUGGGGGCAAGACGUUGGGACUGAGGAGAUGCUGAGGCAAGGCUUCACACAUGCAUUCAUGUUGACCUUCAAAAACUCUGAAGAUUUGGCCUCAUACGUAACUCAUCCUAGCCAUCUCGAGUUUGCUAUCAUCUUUAGCGCUGCCAUUGAAAAGGUGAUGCUCUUUGAUUUCCCAUCUGUUAUCGUCAAACCUUGAUCAUCAUGAUGAAUAAAUAUCAUGCUCAAGGCUUUUUGCAUUGCUUUUCUUCGUGUUUUUACUUCAUGUGCCGGAUUGUGGUUUGUAAUUUGUGUGACUUGUCUUUUUAAGUUUGUGAUUGAUGCUGGAGAAUAAUUAAAGAUAUAUAGCGAAAAGCUGAGAGCACACUUUGUAUCAGGCUUUUUGAUGUUGACAUUGUUGCUUCUGCUAUUGUAUCGGACUAUCAGUGAUCGUUGUAAUGUUUGUAAUAUUAUUCUCUCUCUC